CCCAACCCCAGGACAGGGGCAGCCGGGCACGAGGGGACAGGCUCUGCUGGGGCCUGGACACAUGGGGGGCUGCAUGCUGGAGGCCCCAGGCCUAGCCAGCCAUGGGGGGGGGGGGAUAUGCUGAGAUCACCCUGCCUUGGGCCAGAGACCCAGCCCCCUGCUAGCAGGGCUGGGGGGCACCGGGGAGACGUGCCACAGACGCCUUUCCCAGCCCCCGGUGCCCGCGGGGACGGAUGGGCAGAGCCUCCCAGCCGGGGCAACCAGCGCACCUGACAGCAUCUCCAACCUCGCUGUGCUUGAGGCAGGGGGCUGGGGUGUGGGAAGAGGUGCAGGGUGUGGGAGGGGGUUUGGGGUGCAGGCUCUGGGAGGGGGCUCAGGGCUGGGGGUUGGGGUGCGGGAGGAGGUGCAGGGUGUGGGAGGGGGUUUGGGGUGCAGGCUCUGGGAGGGGGGCUCAGGGCUGGGGGUUGGGGUGCAGGAGGGGGUUUGGGGUGCAGGCUCUGGGAGGGGGCUCAGGGCUGGGGGUUGGGGUGCAGGAGGUGCAGGCGGGGGUUUGGGGUGCAGGCUCUGGGAGGGGGCUCAGGGCUGGGGGUUGGGGUGCAGGAGGUGCAGGUGGGGGUUUGGGGUGCAGUCUCUGGAAGGGGGCUCAGGGCUGGGGGUUGGGGUGCGGGAGGUGCAGGCGGGGGUUUGGGGUGCAGUCUCUGGAAGGGGGCUCGGGGCUGGGGGUUGGGGUGCGGGAGGUGCAGGCGGGGGUUUGGGGUGCAGGCUCUGGGGAGGGGGCUCAGGGCUGGGGGUUGGGGUGCAGGAGGUGCAGGCAGGGGUUUGGGGUGCAGGCUCUGGGAGGGGGCUCAGGGCUGGGGGUUGGGGUGCGGGAGGUGCAGGCGGGGGUUUGGGGUGCAGUCUCUGGGAGGGGGCUCAGGGCUGGGGGUUGGGGUGCGGGAGGAGGUGCAGGGUGUGGGAGGGGGCUCAGGGUUGGGGUGUGGGAGGGGGUUUGGGGUGCAGUCUCUGGAAGGGGGCUCAGGGCUGGGGGUUGGGGUGCGGGAGGGGGUGAGGGGUGCAGGCUCUGGGUGGGGGCUCAGGGCUGGGGGUUGGGGUGCGGGAGGAGGUGCAGGGUGUGGGAGGGGGUUUGGGGUGCAGGCUCUGGGAGGGGGCUCAGGGCUGGGGGUUGGGGUGCAGGAGGUGCAGGUGGGGGUUUGGGGUGCAGGCUCUGGGAGGGGGCUCAGGGCUGGGGGUUGGGGUGCGGGAGGGGGUUUGGGGUGCAGGCUCUGGGAGGGGGCUCAGGGCUGGGGGUUGGGGUGCGGGAGGAGGUGCAGGGUGUGGGAGGGGGUUUGGGGUGCAGGCUCUGGGAGGGGGCUCAGGGUUGGGGUGCGGGAGGGGGUGAGGGGUGCAGGCUCUGGCAGGGGGCUCAGGUGGCUCCCGGUCAGCGGGCCCCAGGCUGCCGGCGGCGGGGGGACUGCCAGCGGCGGGGGUGCCUGGGGGGCCCCAGGCUGUUGGCGGGGGGCUAGGGGGGCCCCAGGCUGCCGGUGGUGGGGGGACUGCCAGUGGCAGGCGGGCCUGGGGGGCCCCAGGCUGUUGGCGAGGGGCUAGGGGGGCCCCAGGCUGCCGGCAGGGGAGGGCCAGGGGAGCCCCAGGCUGACGGGGGCGCUAGGGGGCCCAGGCUGCCGGCCGGGGGAGGGCCGGGGGAGCCCCAGGCUGUUGGCGGGGGGCUAGGGGGGCCCCAGGCUGCCGGCGGCGGGGGGACUGCCAGCAGCAGGGGGGCUAGGGGGGCCCCAGGCUGUUGGCAGGGGCCUAGGGGGGCCCCAGGCUGCCGGUGGCGGGGGGACUGCCAGGGGCGGGGGGGCCUGGUGGGCCCCAGG